AUGGCAUCAGCAACAAUAAAACCUAAAAAGCAAUCAUUUCAUGCAACUAAUGUGUGGAAUGAACUUGUUUCGAGUUUUCGUUCAAAAAUUGAAUUAAGAAAAUAUCGUCGAAAUUAUUUUACACAAACAUAUGAACAAUGUUUUUCAUCAGCCGAUGCAAUCAAUUGUAUGAUAAAUAUUCUUAAAAUACAUCCUAAUUUUGAAACAAAACAAAUUGAAAAACAUCAUGCAAUUCGUCUAUUAGAAAAAUUUUAUGAAUCAAAAGUUUUUACAGAUGUUAUCAAAACUGAACGAAAAAAAACAUUUGUUGUUGAAAAUGGAAUUUAUCAAUUGUUAUCAAAAUCGGAUGAAAAUGUAUUUCAGUCAGUGCUCAAUACCAAUAAAGUACCUGAUCAACAAAUUCAUUCACCACAAGAAUCAUCAUCAUCUGCCAUGAGUGAUAGUUGGAAACAAUAUUUUCUUGAAAAAUUAGAAAAAUAUUUAUUAAAAACACGAAAUCGUCACGGUGGUUAUCUUCUACAUCAAAUUGAACAAGAAUUAAAAUUAAUAGAUGGAUCACAAAUACUUUCAAAUCUACAUAAUAAUAUGCCAACAGAUCCAUUAACUAUUGCAGGUCAACUUGUUGAUUGGUUACCAGAAUCAAUGUCCAUUGUUAUUAAUUUUCCAAGUAGUCUUGAUGGUCGUAAUUUACCUGAUUAUCCGUCAUUUAUUUUUGAUUUAUUUGAAAUGGUUAUUGAUACAUUUGAAAUGCAAAAACAAUAUUUAUCAUCAUCAAUGACUAUUUUUAAUCUCAUCAUUCAACUUAUUGCCAAUAAAGGAAAUCCAACAACAAUGGAAACUCUCUAUGAUCGUGAUGAUGGUCGAUCAGUAUAUUGUUUUCCAAGUGAAAUCUAUGCGGGUCGAUCAAUAAAUAAUCCAUAUACAACUUUAAAAAAUCGUUCAUGCUAUACAAAACAAACAUCACGUGUCCAUCGUGUUGAUUCAUAUGAUUAUAAAAAAAUUCCUUCACAUGAUGAUGAUAAAUCAUAUGGUUUAACAAAUCUUCGUCGUAAAUCAUUAAGUUCAUGUGAUCUUUUUCAUGUUACAUCAAAAACAUUAUCAUCACCAUUUGAUGAAAUACACAACUGGCUUAAUAAUAAAUAUACAACAUCGACUAAUCAAGAUAAAAUGAGUAGUGACGAAUUUGAACUUAUUCAACUUGCACUUAUUCAUUUAACAACAUCGAAUAGACAAUAUAUUUAUGUUAUUCUUUAUUUUUUAACUAAAUGUAUACAAAAUAACGAAUUUUGUUCAAGUGAUACAACUAAAUUACGAAUUUAUCGCAGUUUUACAAAAUUAAUAACAAUAAAUUCUGAUGAAAAUACUUGUUUCAAUACGAUUUUUGAUUGCUUUAUUGAAUAUUAUGGAAAAUUAUUUGACAUUUCAAUGGAUACGAAAAAAGCUGUGUCAAGAAGAUUAACGAAAUUAAAAAAAGAAAAUAAACCUGUUAAUUUAACAUCUGUAACAACAACAAAUAAAAAAUGUUCUGAUGAUCGCCAAUUGCGUCAAACAUUCAAACAACUUCGUGUAAGUCGUCCAUUAACAUAUAAUGAACAUCUUGAUACUGAUGUUAAUUCAAUGCCAUCAACAAAAUUUGCCCGUAAACCAUUUUUACACUCACCAUCACAUCAAUCAAAUGAAAAAACUUGUCUAACAACAAUAUCAACAAAUUCACCACGACGUCGUGCAAGAAGUUUUGAACCACGCGCACAUGCAACAACUUUAUUUGAUAAAACAAUCAAUCCGUUUCAUAAAUUACGUGUUAUACUUAAACGAAACGAUUAA